GGGGGCUUCUCCUGAAGCUGAGGCAGAAGCAGUGCAGUCCAUCUCCUCUCCUUGCAACCUCAGUUUCGCACUUGCGGUCUCAAACUUGCAACACCCUCCCGCCAUCGAGGAUUGAGUUCCCGUCCUGAUGCCCAAAUCAGUAGCCAGCGAUACGGAUGGAAGGGCGAGAUGGAUACAGCACCCAUUCCUCGAUCAUCUCGUCGGCAUCAUUUCCUUCCAAUGUGUCCUGAGAAAAGGAUAUAUUCGAAGCUCAAUGACGCUGUCUUCAAGCGCCAUCUUCUGCAGCGCCCUCACCGUUAGCUUCUCUCCUUACGGAACACGCUAACUUGGGUGAAGGCUGUUCUGUAUGCUGUUCUGCUGUUUGUUUUCUUACCCAUCUCUUUCUGAUCCAUUGUUUGGUUUCACCAGAGGUUUCUUCAAACGUUUCAAGGACUUUCGAGGGGAAUUGACAGUUUGAAUGCAUGUGCAGGUUUUCCCCCACCCAUUGGCCGCUCAUUCUCAAACGGGAUGUCCCCCCCUUUUUUUUAAGUGGUCCCCGAACAAGCAUAUGCCAAGACUUGAGACAUGUCAACAAAAGACCCCAACACCACCCAUCUUGUAUGCAUCAGAAUAGCCUCCUUGAUGCAGCUCAAGUCUUAUUCUCCGCCUCAGCGAUUACCCAUGUUUUGCCUGUCGACAGAGAUAUGGAUUCGGGCAUCGCCUCACGGAGUGCCGGAGUUGAGGAAACCCCCUUUCCCAGGAAAGCGAGAUAACUAGACCAGCCAGGGCCCAGUUGUGGAAAUUGCACGAUCCCGUACCUGCGUUUUGGCGAACAACCCAAAAAGCGAUGCAUACGAGGGUCGAAGAUGGCUACCUACCGAGCUAGUAGGGUUGUACACUAUUGACCACCACUUCGCCACCGGUGCUCCACGAGUCAGUUCAAUUGGUAACCUUUUUGGGUGGAUAGGUGAGGACGGGGGGAGGUGAAGAUCAAAAGAACCAGAACCUGCUCAUGUGGUCCAACUCUUCAACCCAAGUGCACAUCAUCUCAUAUGGGAAAAUACAGCCAAAUAUAAACCAGAUGAGAUCUUGAGGAAAUCAUCGGUGGAAUGGGUUACGCACGCACCCCCAGCUACGCCCAAGUUACCAUUGGAUAGAAGCACACUAUGGCGGUGUGCGGGCAGGGGCGUGUGUUAGUUUUUUAGCGGAAGAAGCUUUCGGCUGGACGACCAAAGUGCUUCGAAUUCCGAACGAGACCCUGUGCUGGUCACUAGCCAACACCCCCUGAUAAUGAGCAAGGCCUGGAAUAGCAUAUGAGGGAAGAAAAAAAAAUUGACGAUAUUCUAGACCCCGAUAAUUACCGGUAUAUCCCGGAUCGACUACGUGUAUAAGAACCGUUGGGUCUGGACAGCAAAUCCAUAAACAACAGGGAACUUCUCAACAGACUUUGACUUCAAGCCCCAAGCUUCUAGUCUCUCAAGCCAUCAUCACUUAUCAAUCAUCUACUCUCUCAAUAUUAUAAGACUUUCAAGUCGAAAAAGAAAGAAACAAAAAAAUGGCCCUCUCAACCGAAGUUAACAUCACCGUCAACCCCCCCUACCACCUUCGCGACGGCGCCACACCUUCCCACUUCACCUCCUCCAACCUGCCCUGGAUCACCGGCACAUGGCACACCACGCACUCGACCAACUCCGAAGAGCAAUCAGGCAAGCGCAAUGCGCGCAUCUGCCUCAGCCUGAUCCGGGGCACCAACUCCGUCUCUUCGGAUUCUGAGGGUUCCGACUCGGAUAUGGAGCCCGACAAGGACCGGAUCCUCGCCGUCCGCUCGUACCAGAACCUGCACUCGUCGGCGAUCCAAGACGUCGGGCAAACCGAUCUCUUCCUCGACGAGCUGGACCAGGGGUUCACGCAGGUGAACGGGCCCAUUAUGCGCCAGCGGUGGGAGAUCAUUGCGUGGGGAAAGGAGGGACAGCUGGAGGAGUGGAUGAAUGAUGACGGCUCGGGCUGGAUCGUGGACAACUCGGGGGAGGCCAGGCCGGAUUGGAGGAAUAGCUAUGUGGUGGUGUACAUCGGAAAUGACCUUGGCAAGUUGAGGAAUGUGGGCGAGGGCACGAUUGAGAUUUGGGAUCGGUUUGGGCCGAGUGGACCCCUCAGGGAGGAGACGGUGGAGAAGAUUAGGGAGGCUUUGCAAGCGUUGGGAGGGAAGGAUGAGCGAUUCGCAAAGUUGGCAUCAAGGUUGCAGAGGAUGAGGAUGGAUGAGGGGAGGAAGAGUGAGGAUGAUGCGAGGAUAAGGGCGUAUUAAGCAGGUGGUAUGACUUGGGUAUAGGCUCUAGUUUGGGUUGAGACUUGAGGGACCAAGCGAGGUGGAUUGACAAAGACAAAAUGCGCGCUGUAGCCGCUGUUCGAGUUGAUCAUGAAAGGAUUUUGAAAAAAAAAAAAAGGAUUCUUGACUUGUAAGUUUGGACGAUGCUUUUAGU